AUGGCUACGAUGAUGAUUGCUACGGCAAUCAUCUCGCCCACACUCGCUUUUGACAGCACAUUACCUCCACGAUUACCGGGUCUGUUACGGAGAGAAGACAACUCCUGCUCGGCAGUCGAUCCGAAAUUGCCCGGUAGCUUUUCCUGCCCGACAGGCAGCAACUGCGUAUCUCUGGACACCUCAUCCUCAGCACUCUGCUGCCCUGAAUCAAGCUCAUGCGACAACAUCCAAACGAUUUCGUGCGACGUUGCGGCACAAAAUGCUACGGCGCACCCAACGGCUGGGAUUUUUACAACAAGACUGGGCGAUAAACUGCCGACAUGUGGCACCAAGUGUUGCCCGUUCGGAUACAAUUGCGUGACGGACGGGGUUGGAAAUUCAGUGUGCAACAUCAUCAAGAACACCAGCAUCGUCGGAAAGACGGACCCUUCAUCCGGCAAUGCGUCAAGCUCGUCAACAACCACCUCGUCCGCAGCGAAGACAGCCACUUCGACAGCUUCGACAACAAGUUCGACAGCCAGCCCUAGUGCAAUCAGUGCCUCAGCUGCUCAAGCCACCCCACGAUGCAACAAAUUCCCGAUUGGCGUGUUCUUGGCAGGUCUGUUUCCCGGCAUGUUCGUGGGGGCGUUCCUGAUGCUUGGCUGGGUGAUUUGUAGUGGAAGACACCGCAAACCCAGCUCUCGAAGCUCCACCGGCUCGUCCAUCUCCUACAAACCCACCAUAUCAGACCCUAUCCCAAUGGCUGGUGGUGGCGGGUUAAGAACAGACUUUCUGCGCAAGACCACUGACCGAGCCAAGUCCAUGUUCUCUACCCAUGGCAACCGCAACAGCGAGCAGUAUGUCAACAACUGGAAAAUGCCAACACCACCAGUUCCAAACAACGUCCCAGUCGCCGCGACUGGCGUACCUGUGACGCCGGAGCGAAGACUUCCGCUCGAUUCAGACACGGAAAGCAUCAAAGUCUUCUCCCCACCUAGCACAACCAUGCGACCACCCAACCCUGCGCACAUCGCACCUUUGAGAGGCAUGGCUACUCAGCGACUACCGUUCCAGAAUACCACCAACAACAUGGGCAGUCCGUUCCAGACCCCUCCUACCAAUAGUGCCACCACUAAUCCCAACAGAAUGAGCGCUACACUGCGGAAUGAGCGCGGCGUCAGCGUCUUCUCCGAAGUGUCGGCGGAGAACGACGGCCCGACACUGACGCCGGCGCGGUAUGACGGUGGUGGUGGCGGUGGCUUCAAUCCCUCAAAGAGAACAGAAGUCAGCCGGCCCAAUACCACUUUCACGGAAAUGCUGCACGAGGCAGGAUUCCCUGAUCCCAUGAACGGCACGCCGGCCGUGCCGAAGGUCCCUGAGGGAUAUACCGGGAAGAAUCGUUUCUGA